ACAUUAGACACAGAAGUACACGUAAUACAUAUAAGUGACAUCAUGUCUAAUUAUAUGAGUAUAUAAGUGACACAUGUCUAAGUUGGGUUGACCACGUGUGUUUUUUGGGUUUUGUCAUAUGAAGUUUCCCCCGGAAACAUAUCCUUGCCUUUAUGCAUUUAAAAGGAGUGACACAUGUAUGCUUCUAUUUAUAGAAUGGGAAAUCCCACACGGUUCAUACAUAUAAUAUACCAGGAUUAUUAUCAGUCUAAACCAGCAGUACCACAAGAUGCCUGAAAAUACUAGCUAUGGUGAACCCUUACCUAUGUAUUCCAUGAAAGAUCCAGCUACUCGAGGAUGUGUAUCGCUCAAAGAUGAAGCCACACCUCGCCAGUGUAUUGAGUGCUUGUUAAUGAAAACUGAUGUGAAGUACUGGCGGAGGGGUUUGAUAGAGAUGUUACAAGGUCAAACUAAGGGAGACAACCAAUACCAACUGGUCACGUUUCUGGUUUCAAACAUAACAAAUGCUAUAGCUGCAAGAAAGGUUGGUUCAAAAACUCUAGUAAGAAUAAAUUAUGAGGAAACACCGACUGACCUUGAUCUUGUUAACUGGAGAAGAGUCAUGGUAGGCCUAAAUCUCGCUUUGGAAGAACCGGAUACAAAUCGUAACAUCCGGUCUAUUGGUGUCAGCGUGGAGGAAAAUACCGAAGUCACCUGUCUUCAGGGCUUUAUAGAAAUACUGAGUUUCUUAAAAGUGUUAUCCUGGCACGUUGUGGGAUUCAUAGUCAGCCUUAGUAAAAGGGACGCAUCUACGCUGUAUGAAACGCUGUCAGAUACCUCCAGUGGAUUCUCUAUACCGGAUUGUUACUACGGAUCUGUGAAGUCAUUAUAUGAACGUCAUAUGUCUGUCAUGAGAUCUUUGGGAUUUUAUAGAAGAUCACCAGAGGAAAAUGUAACCUGGACGUUGCCAGAACGAGGCUCUAUACCAGCAGCGAUGGGUGUUAUUAAAGGGCUAUGCAAACCAGUUUCUGGUGUCCAAGAAAGUCGUGCAAUGUGAUACAAAAUGCAUUUAUAAUGACUCAUAUGUUUGAUACAUCAUUGACACGUGAAAAAGUUUCACAUGCCACUCCAUUCCUUAUGAUCAAUUACAUCCAUGAGUGAUACACUAUAUAUAGCAUACACUUUCGCUUCCGAGACUUAAUUUCCUGUUUUAUUUAUACACAAAUAAGGGAAUUUACUACAGCAAUAUAGUGAUAUAAUGUUUAUUUUAAUUCAAAUUUUCAAUUUUGAGGAAAUUUGAUAUGAAAUACUUUGCUAACUUCCUUAUGAGUUUCCGUCCAUAAAUUAUUAUUAUUUAUUGUUUGUAAUGUUUUUAAGCAUGUAUAACGGGAUUUGUGCAAUAUUUUCCCCCUCGGGUUGUCGUUUGUGUCUCCCCAGGAAAAGCGAGUAUCCUUCAACUUAUAGACAAACAAAGAGUGAAACUAUUUAAACGUUUUAAAAUGUUAUGAUAAAACGAUCUGUUGAUGUACUGUUUAUUACGACAUUUACAAAGGGACAUUCUUAAUAAACAUGGAUAUAAUCUACAGAGAUUGUUUACAUACGAGUAUUUAGCGCUAUUUUGGAGAUUUGAGAAUAGAAUGCUAUUGUGCCAUUUUUAUUUUUUAUCAUUUUGCUAUUUUAUUGUAAACAUUUACACAUUAGAAAUGUUUGUAUGAAACAACAUACAUUACAUUUUAAGUGACAUGUACAUGAUUUAUCCUCUUUUAAUAAAAGACAACAAAAUUCUAGUCAAAUUUUGUAUUUCAUGCUUUUGCUAACAUGCUACUUUCCACAGUGUCAAAUUUAACCAAAUAUACGUCACACAUGCAGUUUUCAAAAGAUAAUAUAGGUAGGUUGUAGAUAAAAUUUCAGAAAAAAAUGACACUGAUUAAACUUCCUUACUUAAUUAUUAUACAGGUAUUAAAAUACUAUUACAAGUCCGUUUGUUUUUGGUCACUUCCACAACCAGAUCUGGUUCGGCAUGUCAGAAGGAAUUCAACACUCAAGGACGGAAAAGGGACUAAAGAAGAUGAAUUUCGGACAUGUUUGCGAAAUGACUUUCAGAAAAAUGGGCACUGAUUGAUUGAAUUGAAAUAAAUGUUCGUCCCCUAAGUCAGCCUCCUCAGCACAUGAUAUUAAACCGACCUCCAAGUGUACGUCACAAAUGCGGUUUUCACAAGAUAAUAUAGGUAGGGUGUAGAUAAACAACGAGAAAAAUCGUGACCUAUUGUGGCUAAGUGAAAAAAGGGUAUUGGGUCAUGGAAUUAACAAGGAUACGUGACUAAGAAUGUGUAAAAAUGAAUAAUGUAAAUAUUUUUCAAUAAAACCUAUAAGA